GGAGAUCUGGGGCUGGCCACCGCCUUCACUCGCCGCAGCAUCAGGACCAUCAAGGACAAUGAGUCCCGAGCGAGUCACCGCAUCCAUGCGUUAAUCUCACGCUAUUCCAAAGACCAGCUAUGAAUCAUGUAUGUGAUAGUACUUUCAAAUCUGCUCGCGUGCAUCCUCGCUUCCUGUCUCCAGCCUUCCGUGGCGUCAGCGUCAGCCGUGUUGGAGGCUGAGAUCCCCGGGGAGGCAGUGUCAUUGCUGCUACAGAAGGAUGAUACUGCAGCCGGACAGAAGCACAAUGCCAGUGGGCCGCAGGAGUCAGAGCGCACACUCACAUACCCGUCUCGCCUCAUCUACUACCGGAACGAAGCUUCGGAGAGCACCUACCAUGACCUGAACACUCGCGCUAGGAUUCCUGACCCACAUGGACAGGAGGUCCAUCUCGCUCAGGCUUCGUUUCAACUUCAGGCCUUUGGAUCACAAUUCAUUCUGGACCUCACAUUAAACAAUGACCUGCUGUCCUCAGACUAUGUGGAGAUAUACUAUGAGAAUGGGAAGCCCAUCCUUUGGAAGGGUGGAGAGCACUGUUAUUACCACGGCCAGAUCAGAGGGAAUGACAACUCUCGUGCCGCUCUGUCCACUUGUAAUGGUUUACAUGGCAUGUUUGAUGAUGGAGUCCAUGUGUACACAAUUGAGCCCCUUAAACAGAAUCACUCUAUGGAGGGAACAGCGAGACCACAUGUGUUACGCAGGACGACUAUCCUGCAGCAAACCCCAUCUGCAGGAGAGGAAGGCAUGGAGGAGGAGUUGUCUUGGCUUCGACGGAGGAAAAAGCGAGCUAUGCCGAGGAACGUGUUUGAGGAGAUGAAGUACAUUGAAUUGAUGAUCGUCAUUGACCACAGCAUGUUUAAGAGAGUGAGGACCAAGCAACAAACACGCAACCAUGCCAAAUCCGUGGUCAACCUGGUGGAUGCUAUACUGUAUAUCCUUGAAAUCUAUAUCGUGAACUCCUGGCUGGGCUGUAUCAUGGAGGACACUGGGGUCCAGCACUCGCGGACUUUCUCUAAGUGCAGUAUCACCGAUUUUAAAGAGUUCCUGUUGAAGGGAGGAGGAUCCUGUCUCUUUAACAAACCCAGCAAGCUGUUUGAAGACACCGAGUGUGGAAAUGGAUAUGUGGAAGUGGGAGAGGAGUGUGACUGUGGACCAAGAGAAGAGUGCAUUAAAGAGUGCUGUAAGAAGUGUUCUCUGUCUAAUGGUGCGCACUGCAGCGACGGACCCUGCUGCAAUAACACAUGUCUGUUCUAUCCUCGAGGUUACUCGUGCCGCUAUGCAGUAAAUGACUGUGACAUUUCAGAGAUGUGCUCAGGAGACUCAGGGCUGUGCCCUCCCAAUCUACACAAGCAGGACGGUUACUUCUGCUCCCUCAACCAGGGUCGCUGCUAUGCUGGAGAGUGCAAGACGAGAGACAGUCAGUGUAAAUAUGUCUGGGGACCAAAGGCUGCGAGUUCGGAGAAGUUCUGUUAUGAGAAGCUAAAUACUGAAGGCUCAGAGAAGGGCAACUGCGGUCAAGAUGGAGACAAAUGGAUCCAGUGCAGUAAGCAUGAUGUAUUUUGUGGAUACCUGCUGUGCACUAACACUGGCCGAAUCCCACGGAUUGGAACUAUAAAAGGAGAAGUCACUCCCACAAAUUUCAACCAUCAGGGCAGACUGAUCGACUGCAGCGGUGGUCACGUCUUGCUGGAUGAUCAGACUGAUCUCGGGUAUGUCGAGGAUGGAACUCCAUGCGGUCCAUCUAUGAUGUGUCUGGACAGGAAGUGUCUCCCUCUUCAGUAUCUGAACCUGAGCUCCUGUCCCACCGGACCCAACGAACACGUCUGUUCCAGUCACGGGGUGUGCAAUAAUGAGGCAGCGUGUACAUGUGACACAACGUGGGCGGGGACAGAUUGCAGUAUGCCUGAUCCUCCAAAAGAACCACCCCCUGCUGAAGAUGAGGGACCCAAGGGUCCUAGUGCCACCAAUCUCAUCAUAGGGUCGAUCGCAGGGGCCAUCCUGGUGACAGCUAUAGUCCUGGGUGGGACGGGCUGGGGGUUUAAGAACGUCAAACGGCGAGGAUACGAUCCAAAUGCAUCUGCCAUCUAGUGGACAGAAGGAACGCUCCGACCUCCAGAGCUUCUCUAUUCAGCUGGGCUGCUGUUUUUGCUGCUCUUUUCUGGC